GUCAAAAUGCCGCGACCGCAGCUGAAUGGCUGCUGGACGCUGCUGAUGGAACGUACGUCAUCCAACUUGACAUCGGUGGCAUGUCGUUCAACCGCACGGUGGUGGUUGACCGCAAAGCGCCAACGGUCAACGGCAGCAUCUCGGUCAGCUCGUACCAUGUCCGACAGGAGCCGGCUGCCUUAACUGAGGCAUCGCUGAACAACGUCGCUGGCAAGCGUGCAUUCAUCCUGCAUUACAACUUCAGCGAGCCGGUUGUGGGCUUCAACCCGGUCUCCGACAUCAUCGCCACCAACGCAGUUAUUGUGGAUUGGGAAGCCUCCGCUGACAACACCUCAUUCUGGGUGCUGGCAUUGUCGGAACCUUACGCCACGGUGUUAGGCGCGCCAAGCAAUGCUCCGCUGACUGUAGAAUUUUACCUGCCGAGAACCAACUACUCUGAUGAGGCAAACAACCCGGGAAGCAAGGAUCUCAGGUUAACCGCGGCCUUAAAGGAGCCUGAAGACCUGCUGCCUGAAGCGGUGACGUCCGGACUUGAUACCGCCACACGUGCAGUGGCUAUAGCAUACCCGGCCGCCAUUAUUGCCGAGAACCUGGCGACAGCAGCUUCGAGUUCGUUUGCACAGGUGCUGAGAGCCAAAGGCAGCCUGUUGCAGGGCAGCUAUCACAUGCAGUUGCUGACGAUGACGAUGUACCUGGC